CAUAUAAUCAAAUCCCUCUCUCAAAAUUCCACCAACCAGGUCUUCACAUACAUUAUUAUUAUUGCCUAUAGAUCCAUUCAUAUAAUAAAAUAAAUCUUAAAAAAAUAAUAAUUAGGUUGAAUUCUUGUGUCGGAGGCGAGAGAAAGAGGCGGGGUUGGGGUAAGACCCGGGAAAGACAAGUUGUAGACAUCACGGCUAUACACGGCGGAGCAGCGCGGGACGUCGCACAUGUCCACCGAUCAACCAAGGGUCAUGAUGGUAUAGGAGCAGCUGCCAACAACCCUUGUACCCACGGUGGUCGUGGUGCUUUGCCCUCUGAAGGCGGCAGCCCCUCCGACCUCCUCUUUCUCGCCGGCGGCGGUUCUCCUUCCUCCUUCUCCUUUUCCCUUUCUUAGCUUAGGUUUUUAUUAAAUAUAGAUAUUAUAUAUAAUUUUCCAUCAUCUCUCCUUUUGCUGUUUGUUUGUUAAAAAUAAAAAAUAAAAAAAAUUACUGUUUCAAAAUUUUAUUAAAUCAACGAAUUUAACAAGAAGAAGAUGCUGAGGAUUAAAAGGGUUCCCACCAUUCUUUCCAACUACCAAAAAGAUGACUCUGAAGAAGGAGGCGGCGGCGGUGGUGGUUGUGGUCGUAAUUGUCUUAGAAAAUGCUGCCUUCCAGGAGCUAAGCUACCGUUGUAUGCUUUUCCAAAAUCCAACAAGGAUGCCAAUGAUCAGCUCCCCUUUGCUUUCUUGGACUCUCUUCUUCUAGGAGAGUGGGAGGAUCGAAUGCAGAGGGGGCUUUUUCGCUACGAUGUUACUGCCUGCGAAACCAAGGUGAUUCCAGGCAAACACGGGUUUAUUGCUCAGCUGAACGAGGGCCGUCACCUCAAGAAACGUCCCACCGAGUUCCAAGUCGAUAAGGUUCUGCAGCCCUUUGAUGAGAACAAGUUCAACUUUACCAAAGUAGGCCAGGAGGAGGUGCUCUUCCAGUUUGAACCAAGCGGUGACAGUCAAGUUCACUUCUAUCCAAACGCACUGAUCGAUGUGGACAAAUCACCAAGUGUUGUUGCUAUCAAUGUUAGCCCCAUUGAAUAUGGGCAUGUGCUUCUGAUUCCUCGAAUUCUUGAGUGCUUACCUCAAAGGAUUGAUCACGAUAGUUUAGAGCUUGCUCUGUACAUGGCACGUGAGGCUGGAAGUCCGUACUUUCGUCUUGGAUACAAUAGCUUGGGCGCAUUUGCUACUAUCAAUCACCUACACUUCCAGGCUUACUACUUGGCUGUGCCAUUUCCGAUUGAGAAGGCAGCAACUAAAAAGAUUACCGCUUUUAGCGGUGGGGUCGAGAUCUCUGAAAUUCUUAACUAUCCUGUAAGAGGUCUCGUCUUUGAGGGUGGAAAUUCUGUUGAAGAACUAUCCAAGGGUGUGACUGACACCUGCAUAUGCCUUCAAGAUAACAACAUACCUUACAAUGUACUCAUCUCAGAAUGUGGUAGACGCAUCUUUGUUCUUCCACAGUGUUAUGCAGAGAAGCAGGCUUUGGGAGAAGUGAAUGCUGAGCUUCUAGAUACUCAGGUGAACCCUGCUGUGUGGGAAAUCAGUGGACACAUGGUGUUGAAAAGGAAGGAGGACUAUGAAGGGGCAUCUGAGCAAAAAGCUUGGAGACUUCUUGCAGAGGUUUCUUUAUCUGAAGAAAGGUUUCAAGAAGUGAUAGCCAUCAUCUUUGAGGCCAUUUCAUGUGCUGUUAUUGAGAAGAAAUUGGCGGAGGAUGAGGCGCAAAAUGCUGAUGAAAGUGGUGUUCUUAACAGCAACCCCCAAGCAGGUAUUGUGACUGGGAAGCAUGAAUGCCUAGUUCAAUACUAGGGAUGGCUAUCAUAUGAUUAUUCAAAAACAUGUUAUUAUUAGUAUUAUAAUUGUGUAUUGUAUGGGAAGUUCCUGUGGUUUUGAUGUGCUAACCACGGGGACUGACCUGAUCAUCCCUUAAAUAAAGAACACAUAUAUGGGAUUGUGUUUGUUAAUUAAUGUCUCUGGAUAUCAGAUUGUAUGAGUGCUAUAUAUGUUUGCAUGUAAAGAUUUCAUUUCAGCAUAUGCUGCUUGCUCUUUGAGCUAAUGGCUACUGUUAAUUUGUGUGCUUAA